GCAAUUGUCGUCAUCACGUACGUCUGUCUUGGAUGGCAAAACAAUUUAUGUGGAUGAAUCCUUCUGAUUAAACGGGAUUUGUGGCAAUUUUUGAAACGCCAAUAAGUUAUUUAUUGACAUUUCAGCACUCGAAGGCCUUGAAUCCAUCAAUGGAAAUGACAGAAACAUAUGAUUUCCUUUUUAAAUUCUUGGUGAUUGGAAGUGCGGGAUCAGGGAAAUCCUGUCUUCUCCAUCAAUUUAUAGAAAACAAGUUCAAGCAGGACUCCAGCCACACCAUCGGGGUGGAGUUUGGCUCCCGGGUGGUAAUGGUCGCUGGCAAGACGGUCAAGCUGCAGAUCUGGGACACAGCUGGACAGGAGCGAUUCCGAUCAGUGACUCGCAGUUAUUACAGAGGGGCAGCAGGGGCUCUCCUGGUUUAUGACAUCACCAGUCGGGAAACGUACAAUUCCCUGACCAACUGGUUGACAGACGCUCGGACACUGGCCAGUCCAAACAUCGUCAUUAUCCUCUGUGGGAACAAGAAGGACCUGGAAGCUGACAGAGAGGUCACUUUCCUUGAGGCAUCCCGUUUUGCCCAGGAGAAUGAAGUGAUGUUCCUGGAGACGAGCGCCCUCACCGGAGAAAACGUGGAGGAGGCCUUCCUCAAAUGUGGUCGCACCAUCAUCAACAAGAUAGAGUCCGGUGAGUUAGACCCAGAGCGGAUGGGCUCAGGGAUCCAGUAUGGUGACACGACGGUGAGGCAGCUUCGCCAGUCGCCACAGGCUGGCUCAGAACAGGGCAGGGAUCAGUGCAACUGUUAAAGGCUAAUGCUAACCCAGCUCUAUGACACACAAAUCCCAUGUCUCCAGGCUUUUAGAGGACUGCCCUGUGACUUUUGACCCCUGCUCCUGGAAAAUUGCUGGAGAGACCCUGUGUGGAACUUAAGGCUGGGUUAGCGUCUUGAUCAGGAACUGUGAUGUGAGUAUCUGGGUCCAGUCAUUGAGCUACUCUUCUCCAGGCCUGUCUCUCUCUUGACUACAGCUCCGCUGUGCAUCGCCAGGGACUACAAGUGACAUCAGCAGAGAGACCCAUGGACACACAUCAGGAUGUUUGUUUUCAAUGUCUUUAUUCAGAAGCAACAGCCACAGCAAAUCAAAUCAAAUCAAAUGUAUUUAUAUAGCCCUUCGUACAUCAGCUGAUAUCUCAAAGUGCUGUACAGAAACCCAGCCUAAAACCCCAAACAGCAAGCAAUGCAGGUGUAGAAGCACCUGCGCAUAGCUCAUACACCUCUCACUGUUCACUCUAUUGAUAUAAAGCUGGUGAAAGUCAGGUCAAAGCUUGUAGACAGUGAUGGGACUGACAUGGUGUAAGGAGAACACAACACCAUAUUUGUGUUCGAUCUCUAUAAAGGUUUAGCCUAUUUAUUGGUUGUGUUGAAAAAUGUUGUGAAUAUAUCAAAAGGAAAUAACAUUUGUGACAUUGGUGUACAAUGUUUUAUGAGACUGUAAAAAGCAGGGAACUUCUAUGGUAGUCACAGUGUACACCUACAGUACUGUGUGAGUACAAUUUUGACAACGUUAAUACACAUAUAUAUAUAUAUAUAUAUACACACACAAAGUAUGUGGACCCCCUCAAAUGAGUGGAUUCAGCUAUUUCAGACACAGGUGUAUAAAGUCGAGCACACCGCCAUGCAAUCUCCAUAGACAAACAUUAGCAAGAGAAUGGCCUUACUGAAGAGCUCAGUGACUUUCAACGUGACACCAUCAUAGGAUGCCACCUUUCCAACAAGUCAGUUCAUCAUAUUUCUGCCCUGCUACAGCUGCCCCGGUCAUUUGUAAGGGCUGUUAUUGUGAAGUGGCAACAACUGCUCAGCCGCGCAGUUUUAGGCCACACAAGCUCACAGAAUGGGACCACCGAGUGUUGAAGUGCGUAAAAAUAAUCUGUCCUCGGGUUGCAACACUCACUACCUAGUUCCAAACUGCCUCUGGAAGCAACGUCAGCACAAAAACUGUUUGUCGGGAGCUUCAUGAAGUGGAUUUCCAUAGCCGUGCAGCCACACAAGCCUAAGAUCACAAUGCCAGGCGUCGGCUGGAGUGGUGUAAAGCUCGCUGCUGUUGGACUCUGGAGCAGUGGAAACGCAUUCUCUGGAGUGAUGAACCACGCUUCACCAUCUGGCAGUCCGACAAACGAAUCUGGGUUUGGCAGAUGCCAGGAGAAUGCUAACUGCCCCAAUGCAUAGAACCAACUGUAAAGUUGUUUCAACAUGACAAUGGCACCAAGCGAGGUCCAUACAGAAAUGUUUUGUUGAGAUCGCAGUGGAAGAACUUGACUGACUUGCACAGAGCCCUGACCUCAACCUCAUCGAACAACUUUGGGAUGUUUUGGAACGCCAACUGUGAGCCAGGCCUAAUCGCCCAACAUCAGUGCCCGACCUCACUAAUGCUCUUGUGGCUGAAUGGAAGCAAGUCCCCACAGCAAUGUCCCAACAUCAAUGGAAAGCAUUCCCUGAAGAGUGGAGGCUAUUAUAGCAGCAAAGGGGGGACCAACUCCAUAUGAAUGCCCAUGAUUUUGGAAUGAGAUGUUUGACGAGCAGGUGUCCACAUACUUUUGGUCAUGUGUUUAGGAGUUGGAGGCAAGCCCAACAGUCGUUUGUAUGUAUGUAUGUAUGAAUGAAUGAAUGAAUGAAGACAGUGUGCAUUGGAUCUGGACGACUCGUAAACGUCAGGUUAGGGGGAAAACAAAUAUGUUUUACAUGUGAGGUAUUGUGCAAUGAUUAUGAAAGCGUUGAGGCCAUAUCUAAAUCCACUCAAACCAGAUUGUCAUUGAUGGACCGAAGUAAAGCACAAACGUGAGUAUCUCCAUUUUUAAAGUUGUUUGUGUGAUUGGUUUUAGUAGAUGCAUAUAUCUGGACUAUGAUCUUACAUGUGACGUUUGUGUGCUAGAUAAUUAUUGAACUGAAGCACUGCCAUUCCUUUGCAAAGCCUGUAUGAUCUUAAAUGAAUAAAUAAUUAGACCAAAUGAAUUACACUUUCUCUAUCACUUCCCAUUGGUAUGACUGUGGCUGACACACAUUUUACACACCCCUGUUCCGGAGUCAGAUCCUACACAGGAUGAAUCAUCUUCAGUGGUUAAAUUGAGCCAGAGCUACCUGGCUCCUGCACCUUGGGUUAAAGGGAGAGCCAAGCUCCAGCACCUUGGGUUAAAGAAAGAGCCAAGCUCCAGCACCUUGGGUUAAAGGGAGAGCCAAGCUCCGACACCUUGGGUUAAAGGGAGAGCCAAGCUCCUGCACCUUGCGUUAAAGGGAGAGCCAUGCUCCUGCACCUUGGGUUAAAGGGAGAGCCAAGCUCCUGCACCUUGGGUUAAAGGGAGAGCCAUGCUCCUGCACCUUGGGUUAAAGGGCGAGGCAACUCCUGCACCUUGGGUUAAAGGGAGAGCCAUGCUCCUGCACCUUGGGUUAAAGGGAGAGCCAACUCCAGCACCUUGGGUUAAAGGGAGAGCCAAGCUCCAGCACCUUUCAUGAUCAAAGAGAAAAGCUGAAUAAAAAGUCAGAUAAAAGUAGCAUAAACCAACAUUAGGGUUGUGGUUGAAGAGUUUUUUUCAAAAUGCUAUAUAUACACAUUUUUCACGAGAAACGAAUGCUUAUAGGUACCUUUUUGUGUUUGUAAAAUAUUACUGUUCUCAGAUUUUAAAUUAAUAGAAUCAUAGGUGUGUAUUAAAAUGCGUUUUGUUGCGAAACGCUAUAAGUAUCGUAUCCUGUAUAUUUAACCAAUUCAACCCAUUAUAAAUCCAGUCUCAUGCUAUAGUGAUUGGUUAGAGUUAGGCCUUGUCCCGAAUGGCACUACUUUUGACCAGAGAACAGAUGUCAUAUUGUUUGUUCGUUUUGCAAAUAAAUGUGAUUAUUUGUCUCUCUGAAAUUACGUCCAUUUAGUGAUAGGUUUCAAACAAAUGUAACGGUUGGUUGUUUCCACUUGCCUCUAAAGAAAGGGGGAUUUAAUGUUCAAGCAUUCUUAUUGGUUGGUUCAAUUCUGAUGACAAUAAGGCGUGUUGUGAUUGGCCCCGCUUGCAGAGAGGGGGAGAUCGCGAACGUCAGGUCUUCCCAGUAUGAAAAUGUGAUGCAAGGUGUAGGUCACGUUCUGAAUACUGUUUUCUAUUUUACAGUGUGUACAAGUUUGCUGUACAUUAUUGAUUUAUACAUGUGUGGGUUUAUGAUUGCUGUAAAUAAGUGUGUUAGCUAGCAUACACCGACUUAAUGGUCACAUAAGCCCACUGCUAACACAGUUGUCUUCAUGCUACAGAUUUUGCCAUCAACAGCCAUCAAUACCGUUAAGCCCGGCACAACUAACGUGCCGUUUCCUUUUUAACACCAUAAAUAAAUGAUGCUCAACUGGGA